CUUUCGUUCUACUUUGUACCAGCGUUGCACUGAUUUAAUCUACUCUUUUCACCAUGCGCACCACCGCCCUUCAGGGCCCUUGCACGUCCCAAAGCCGGGCGACAGCUCGCUGCUUAGCGCGUAGGCGACCAGUUGCGGUUAUUCCAAGGGCCACAGCUACCAUGGAGCCUUCCACUUCUGAGCCUGCGGCUCCUAGCUCGGCCCAGUUUCUGCGCAAGCACAUCCUGAAGUUGGCCCCAUACACACCGAUUGAGCCGUUCGAGGUGCUUUCAGCGCGUUACGGAAGGAAGCCGGAGGACAUUGUUAAGCUUGAUGCAAAUGAAAACCCCUACGGGCCGCCGCCCGAAGUUCGCCAGGCGCUUGGGAGUAUGUCCUUCCCUCACAUCUACCCAGACCCAGAGACGCGCGCUCUGCGGCAAGCGCUCGCUAAAAUGCACGAUAUCCCCGUGGAGAAUUUGCUGGUCGGCUGCGGUGCUGACGAGCUCAUCGACCUGCUCAUGCGUUGCGUGCUGGAGCCGGGUGACAAAAUCGUGGACUGCCCGCCCACCUUCACCAUGUACGUCUUCGAUGCGGACGUGAACGAUGCGCGUGUGGUCACCGUGCCGCGACUGGAGGGCUUCCGACUGGAUGUGGAGGGCAUCAGGCGUGCUGUCCUGGAGCACCGGCCCAAGGUGGUGUUCCUGACCUCGCCCAACAACCCGGAUGGCUCCAUGAUCAGCGAGUCCGACCUGCUGUCCCUGCUUGAGCUGCCGGUGCUGGUGGUGCUGGACGAGGCGUACAUCGAGUUCAGCUCCGAGCCCAGCCGCAUGCACUGGGUGACGCAGCGACACAACCUGGUGGUGCUGCGGACGUUCAGCAAGAGCGCGGCUCUGGCGGGUCUUCGGGUGGGCUACGGCGCCUUCCCCCGCGACAUGAUGGAGUUCCUGUGGCGCGCCAAGCAGCCGUACAACGUGUCCGUGGCGGCGGAGGUGGCGGCGUGCGCGGCACUCACCAACAUGCCCUAUCUGGAGACGGUCCGCAACGCUCUGGUAUCGGAGCGCGAGCGGCUGUUCUCCCGGCUGCAGGAGAUCCCCUUCCUGGAGCCCUACCCCUCGCACGCCAACUUCAUCCUGGCAAAGGUCACGGGCGGUCGUGACGCCAAGGCGGUGAAGGACGCGCUGGCCUCGCGUCACGGCAUCAUGGUGCGCCACUACGCCAAGAAGGAGCUGUCGGGAUUCAUCCGGGUCAGCGUGGGGCGCCCCGAGCACACGGACAAGCUCAUAGAGGCGCUGCAG